GAACGCAGCUGCUGAAACAAUGGUCACACCACCAGUCACUGUCAUCACCGCAACUCAGCAUGUGGUUGCCGACGGGACCAACAUGAGCAUGCUUCUGGACGUGCUUGCGCACAAACGAGAUGCCCCGCUGCCUUUAUUUCCGUUUUCCCACUCUCAACGCCUUGUGUUCACCACUUAAAUUCGGCGAGCUUACACAGCUGCGUUUGUGCGGGUUGUUGUCAUCCUGUCAUCCUGUCACAUUAUUAAGAGUGUCUCGCCUCUGCGCAUUUUUCUCAUCGUGUGUCAACACACAUUCGUACAUGCAUUCCCCUUGCAUAUGAGAUCAUUCAUUUCCCUUCUAUACUUUUUGUUCUUCUGCGCCAACGAGAGAACAAGAACAUCCCUACCCCUCCCCACCUGAACGCUGCUCCCAACUAUGACCCCUUUUCCACUCCUCGCCACCAUGGCCUGUGUGCUGCUGGCGACCAUGUCGCCCUCUCUCAGUGUCGCGGCACUCCCAGUGCAACUCAACCCAGCGCCAACCUACAACCCCACGGGCACAACGACUACAUCCGCACCCGCAACACGCACGGCCAUCACCACCACCACAACCACCACCACCAACACAACGCCUUCCUCGCCCGCCUCAACCACAGCCUGGCCCGCAGACGCGGCAUCGUGCCAAAAGCUUGGAUGGCCCGUCGUCAACGGCGUGUGCGGUGCAACCAAGAUCGGGAAUACGCCUCUGGGUACCCGCGUUUCGCACGAUCAGGCCAUGGACACAUGCGGUGCCCUUGGUCUUCGCCUGUGCACAGUCCAGGAAAUCAAGACCACCAUGCCCCUCCCCAAGAACCGCGCUCCCAACCACUUCCGCACUCUCUUCUGGGCCAGCACCGCCUGCCCAAGCUCGGACCUGCCAAAUCAGUUUGAAGCCCGCAGUAUGGUGGCAGGCAUUGGUGGCUGGCCAGCCUGCUUCACUACGCCAAGAGCCACGGCCAGCGUGAUGUGCUGUGCGGACGACGAUACACAGAGCGCUUGACCGCCUUUGGUCGCCUGUGAGCGCAGGAGGCCUCGCUUCCUCGCUAUUGCCCUUCAAUCGAUGCGACUGCUAUUUGUUUUUCAUGACACUCUGUGGCGCACGCCAGCGCACGAGCAUAUGUCGCACCAACCAACCAUAACCAGACUCCGACAUCCCCUCACAGCAGCUUUCUGCGACACAGUGCCUUUCUGCCGACCCUGUUGAACUCGCUGCCAUGGCAGUGUCCUUGCAUGUUACAUUAUCACCUGGUGCUGUCGCAAGGACGAUUUGGUCUGAGUGCACUGCUCCGUGCUGGGUCGGCUGGCUUUGCCCGUCCCCGCUUUCGCCUUAGUUUAAGUUCAGUUGAUUCCAACGAAGCGUGUGUUACAACCGUGCUCUUCCCUAAUAUAACAGCAACAGCAAACUCGUCCACUCGCCACCACAAUGUCGAAAGUCCUUGAGCAUGCCAUCAUCAUCAUCAUCAUC